AUGUCAUGGACUCUGUUUCAGUUCAUGCAUGUUGUUGUUGUUGUUAUUGUUUUUGUUCUCAUGGGGUGUUCGUGUUUGGGUGGUUCAGGCUCUAGCACUCAUCGUCAUCAUGUUCAUGUAGCCGGGAAUGAGACGGAUCAGCUAGCCUUGCUCGCAUUCAAUGACGAAAUAACUGGUGAUCCCUUCGUGGCUCUAAACUCGUGGAAUGAAUCCAUCCACUCCUGUCAAUGGGCUGGCACAACAUGUGGCCGACGACACCAGAGGGUGACUAAGUUGAACCUGGAUCAUCGAAAAUUGAUAGGCUCAAUUUUGCCUCACAUUGGAAAUCUGAGCUUUCUUAGGGAACUGUGGUUGCGUAACAAUAGCGUCACUCAUCAAAUCCCCCCUGAACUUGGCCAUCUACGGAGAUUGCAGAUAUUGACACUACACAAGAAUUCUAUUGGUGGUGAAAUUCUUGCCAAUAUAUCUGCUUGCUCUAACCUUCUUGUCCUUGAGCUUACUGGCAAUAGUCUGGCUGGGAAAAUUCCCGUGGAGCUUGGUUCUAUGUCUAAGCUCAUGCAGUUGUUCUUUCGAACAAACAAUCUGACAGGUGGCCUUCCUUGUACUUUUGGGAAUCUGUCAUCCCUUAUUGAUUUCGAUGCAAGUGUCAAUAAUAUCAAUGAGAGUAUACCUGAAGCCCUGGGCCAAUUGACAAACUUAAACUCUCUUGCAUUGGGAGAGAACAAGUUGGUUGGUACUAUUCCUUCCUCAAUCUUUAAUCUCUCUUCUAUCACAAUUUUUGAUAUAGCUAUGAACCAAGUUCAAGGGAGACUUCCCUUAGAUCUUGGAAUUUCUUUCCCAACUCUUCAAUGGUUUUUAGUUGGAAUUAACUUGUUUACUGGACCCAUUCCUAUUUCAAUAUCAAAUGCAACCAACCUGUAUCACCUUGACUUGGCAGAAAAUAAAUUUAUUCGAAGAGUGCCUCCUUUGGGAAUGAUGCACAAUCUUUUGUGGUUAAACUUAUGA